ACGAACCGAGCAGAUAAGAGAAGUGGCUUAUUGGCUGCCUGCUGCCUGUAACCCAUAUUUUAACAGAAACAAGAGGUGCUGUCGUUUUCUUGUUGCAGGCCGAAAAACAACGACAUCGCAGCCCAGGAGCUACCGAGAAGACGGUAGCAUGAUAAUCGUGGAGAGGGCCCGUAUCUGCAUUUUACUUCGCCUACACCGAAUCCAUUGAGUCGGUAACCAGAGUCCGACAUGGGGAAGGAGGUAAACGGCGUUUCGCGGAGCCGGUUUGAGAUGUUCACAAAUAGUGAUGAGGCGGUCAUCAAUAAGAAGCUGCCUAAGGAGCUGUUGCUACGAAUCUUCUCCUUUCUGGAUGUGGUGACACUGUGUCGCUGUGCCCAGGUCUCACGGUCGUGGAAUGUUCUGGCCUUGGAUGGCAGCAACUGGCAACGAAUCGACCUCUUUGACUUUCAGAGGGACAUCGAGGGCCGGGUGGUGGAGAACAUUUCAAAGCGAUGCGGGGGGUUCCUCCGGAAGCUCAGCCUGCGGGGGUGUCUGGGUGUGGGUGACAGCGCCCUGAGGACUUUCUCGCAGAACUGCAGGAACAUUGAGCUGCUUAGUCUGAACGGCUGCACAAAGAUCACCGACAGCACGUGUAAUAGCCUCAGUAAGUUCUGUCCAAAGCUGAAGCACCUGGACCUCGCCUCCUGUACCUCCAUCACCAACCUAUCCCUCAAAGCUCUCAGUGAGGGUUGUCCUUUGCUGGAGCAGCUGAACAUCUCCUGGUGUGAUCAGGUCACCAAGGACGGCAUCCAGGCGCUGGUGCGCUGCUGCCCCGGACUCAAAGGCCUCUUCCUCAAGGGCUGCACGCAGCUAGAAGACGAGGCUCUGAAGCACAUCGGGGCUCACUGUCCAGAGCUGGUCACACUCAACUUGCAGACAUGCUCACAGAUCACAGAUGAGGGACUCAUCACAAUAUGCCGGGGCUGUCACCGCCUGCAGUCUCUGUGUGUGUCGGGUUGUGCCAACAUCACAGACGCCAUCUUGCAUGCCCUGGGACAGAACUGCGCCCGUCUCAGAAUAUUAGAAGUAGCCCGCUGCUCUCAGCUUACAGAUGUGGGGUUCACUACAUUAGCAAGGAAUUGUCAUGAGCUUGAGAAGAUGGAUUUAGAAGAAUGUGUGCAGAUCACAGAUGGAACACUCAUCCAGCUGUCUAUCCACUGCCCUCGCCUGCAAGUCCUGAGUCUGUCUCACUGUGAGCUGAUCACCGAUGAUGGCAUCCGACAUCUCGGCAGUGGGCCCUGCGCUCACGACCGUCUGGAGGUGAUCGAGCUGGACAACUGCCCCCUGAUCACAGACGCCUCGCUGGAGCACCUGAAGAGCUGCCACAGUCUGGAUCGCAUCGAGCUCUACGACUGCCAGCAGAUCACACGCGCCGGCAUCAAGAGACUAAGGACCCAUCUGCCUAACAUCAAAGUGCAUGCAUACUUCGCUCCCGUCACUCCGCCGCCCUCCGUCGGGGGCAGCCGUCAGAGGUUUUGCCGCUGCUGUGUCCUGCUAUGAUGUAAAGACAACAGCCCCCUCCUCCUCCUCCUCCUUCCUUUCUCCACGUCCCUCGUACACGCUCCCCGCAGCCCAUCACUUGACCCCUGACCUGCUGUCCCCCUCCAGGCCCCCCAGUCAUAGACUACAUGCUUGUCCUCCCUCCGAUCCCCCUUUGGAGCUGCAGAGAGAGGGAGAGAGAGCCAAACAGCGCUGCAGGGUCUUGGGUAACGUUCCCCAAAAGUUUUUUUUUUCAAAAUCUCCCCACUGCACACACACGCAUGCAUUACAUACACAGAUUAACUUUGAAGAAUGUCAGAACAUUCCUGGUCUGCGCUCAGUGGGCUCAUCAGUAUUAAAAACAAGGUUAUGUAAAAACCAAACGUGAUCGCGACUGUUUAGGGAAUUAACUCUUCAUCAGACAAAAGAAUUGAUAAGGAAAAACAUCAAAAAACUUCUUUUUUUUUUCUUUUUUUUUAUCAAGCACUUUGAGAUAGAAUAUAACACAGACCGAAAGAUCCCACUUCACCCCUCGUACACAAUUCCCUCGGUGUUGAAGUUCACUUAACAGCUACCUCUAGACAGGAAAGAAGACCAGGUUUUGAUUGGUUCUACAGGUUGUUGUUGUUGUUUUUUUUGUUUGUUUUUUUUUUGAAAAAAAAAAAAAAAGGUGCAGCAAUGUAGCCAGUUAACUGCCAACACCCCCAACUCACAUUCACACACACACACACAGAAAGUGGAAGAAAGAUCAUUUUGAGUUUCUUUUUUUUUUAAGAAUACUUGCAGCUAUUUGCACUUACAGUAAAGCAAUGAUGAGACACUUUACAAAGCGACCAUCUCAGAAUUGAAGACUACUAGCAACUAACCACACGCAAAUCGACACCCUCUCCUAAAUCAUACGCUGCACUUGCAGUCACUGUACCCUCACCUCUCUCUGUUACAAUCGGAAGCUUCAAUGUACUGAAAACAAAACGAAAAAAAAAUAUUUUUCUAAAAAUGGACACCAAUUACACAAGUGGGGACUCCAGAAGAUGCCAAAUGUUGCAUGUAACACCUCUAGUUUUUUAAAAAUCUGAUUGUAAAUACGUGAGGGCCGAGGGAGCUGGGAGAGUCGAAGCCAGCUAAUCGACGUGACGACGUGAGAUGUGGCAGAGAUUACUUCGGCGGGUCUUUCUGAGGGAACUAUGACGAAGCUCGAGCGUGCUUGUCGACGUGCAGACGCGCGUGAGAACAGUUGCUGGAGCUUCCCGGACAGCUGAGCCAGCGCUCAGUCUGGAGUUGAAGGAACUGACGCUGGCCUGUGGAACUCACCAACAGAAAAUAUAGAAAAACACUUUUUUAAAAAAAAAAACAAAUAAAUAAAAUAAAAUAAAGUCAGACAACACUACAUGAACUCAUGCUGUCAGACCAGGACAGCGGACAGAGCCAACUGAAAACAAUCAACCUGUUUUGAGUUCGAUUCCGUUGCGUCGCUCUUGUUUUUCGGACAACGAGGAGCUGGUGAACCCCACGCGCUUAGUGAAGGGACGCGCUCGAUGUCGGAGUCGCACCCGCGACUCUUCAACUCCUAUGAGGCCUUGCAGGGGACGGAGUGACGCGCGCAUCGCACCCUGCCACCUGUGGCCUCCCCCGGUCUGUCCGGGACCAGUGACACUGCGGGAGGUUUAGACCGGAUCGGACUGGUGGAGCCACAGCAAGAGGAAGUUGACUGAAUCUUGAUAAUUCUGGCCUGCUGACAGAUAUGACGGAAUGAUUCUUGUCGCAACACAGAGGGCUAUGAUGGACUUCAGCCCACUGCCCUUGGAAGUAUUGAAGCCUUUUCUUGUGGAUUAUCUUGUCCUGUCCUUGCACAUCCUGCUUUUUUUUUUUUCUGUCUCUCGUUCCCAUUUUAUAAAUGUGUCUUUUAGUACUUUCUUUUUCCUUGAUGCGAUUUCUCCUGGAUCUUUCUAACCUCUUUCUUUGCGUUUCUGUUUUUGCUGUGGUUUGGAUUCUGCUUGCUUUGUGUUUGAAGUCAUGAGUUCAGUGUCUCCACGUUAUGUUUGAGCCCCCUUUCAGUCCUCAGUUUUGAUCUGACGCGGCCUGUUUUCAUUGAGGGUUUGUUGUUACUAAAUGUCAAGAGUGUAGCCUUUGUCCAGGGGAAACGUCGGCACCAGUGCAAUUGUAAUAAAUGUUAAAUUUGAGUUGGAUUUUUCACGAUGACACAUGUAUGACGCCUACUUAUUGAAUGUUUCCACCAAGGCUCCCGGGGCAUUGAGUGCCGCUUUAGCAGGAACAGUUUUCUCCCAGAAGCGUGCUUUCCCCUCUUUCAUUUUUUAUGCCUUGUUUUUCCAAAUCCCAUAAUGCACUCUUCCCGAGUGUGUAUCAAACAACACGGAAAGCGGUAAACCCGGUGCAGAUUGUUGAUCACCCAUAAACGUCUCUGUUCUGGUUUAGCAUGCAGCAGGCAUGCGUGGACAAAUCGCUGAGUGAUGAUUCUGUUCGGUGUGUGUGUGUGUGUGUGUGUGUGUGCGAUCUGACAGCUCCGACGAGUAGGAUAAUACAAACUCAGAUGAAUCCAGUGUAAUCCAGUCUGAUCUGUUUUGUUUGAACGGGGGGUUGUAGGGGAUUAGGGAAGAACCAAGAAUCAAAAUAUUGGAAAAAUGUAAUAUACUCUUGUCACUGUGCUCCAGAGUUAAGAGAGCUAACUUGACGAAAAAGGAAGAGUCGUAGGAUCGAGACCGUGAGCCUGGAUGCAACACCUGCUUGCCCUUGUCAUGUGCUGUACAGUAGCUGCGCCAUGUGGGCUGAGUCAUCAGAGCAGCUAACUGUGUGCUUUCAGGGCAAACCCUUUGAGUGGAUUACAAGUAAUUAUACUCAACCUGGAUUGACACGGACAAAAAAACAAAAAAAAAAACACCUGUCAUCAGCCUUUUUAUGGUACAAAUAGAACACACUACAGGCUCCAUGCAGCGAAACGCCAAACCUAUUUUUCCCCCCCGCAAACGACUCUUGACUUUGCGUCAGAGCCUCCUCCAGUUUACACAUGAAUCGAGCUGAACCAGUUUGUCUUACGCACGUUCGGUCCCAAACACUGGAGUAAUAGCUGAGGAUCAGGACAGAAGGCGAGAGGUGAAUCCACAGUGUGUGUGUUUUCAUGUUCGAUCGACGCCUGAGAAAUUUCAAAAACAAUUUUGACAAUGACUGUAGUUCAUAUGAUUACUGUAAAUCUUUUCCCUUUUUCUUUCUUUUUUUUUUUUUUUUACAAUUAACCGAUAUAAAUGAAUAUGUACGUAUGAAUAAAUAUAUACCUAUAUUAUU